AUGGACGUCGCGCUCGAGCUCCUCGACCCCUUGGUCCUGGACAAGGCCUACGCCUACUUUGUCCCCGCGCCCACCACAUCCAGCACCGGCGCAUACAACGCGACCGGCGACGCCUUUGCCUCAUCAUCAUCACCACUAGACCUCUCAAACUCGUACGGCUCCGCCUGGCCCCGCGACAGCAUCUUACGCCAAACCAUCUCCAUUCUCGCAAUCACUCAGCUCGGCGCCUGCGCCCUCUACUGGAUCUUCAGCCCGCUGUCCUACUACCUCAUCUUUGAUCGCCGCCUCGAGUACCACCCGCGUUUCCUCAAGAACCAGAUCCGCCAGGAGAUUAUCUCCUCCAUGAAGGCCGUCCCCGUUAUCAACAUCCUGACUUUGCCCUUUUUCCUCGCCGAGGUUCGCGGGAAGAGUCUACUAUACACCCACGUUGAGGAGUAUGGCCUCUGGUGGAUGGCCGUUUCUGCUACCAUUUUCAUGGUCUGGAACGAUAUUGCCAUUUACUGGAUUCACCGCCUCGAGCACCACCCUUCCGUCUACAAGUACAUUCACAAGCCACACCACAAGUGGAUUGUGCCUACGCCUUGGGCCGCCCUCGCCUUCCACCCCCUCGACGGCUACGUCCAAUCUCUGCCCUACCAUGUCUUCGUCUUCUUCUGCCCUAUCCAGAAAUACCUCUACAUGGGUCUCUUCGUCCUCGUCCAAAUCUGGACUAUCCUUAUUCACGACGGCGAUAUGAUUUCAGGACACUGGCUCGAAAAGUACAUCAACAGCCCCGCUCACCACACCCUACACCACAUGUACUUCACGGUCAACUACGGCCAGUACUUCACCUGGGCCGACAAUUACUUUGACUCCCACCGCGCGCCUCAGCCCGAGCUCGACCCCCUCCACGAUGCCCUCAAGGUCAUGCGCGCCAAGGGUCUUGUCGACGAAAAGGGGAACCCGAUUCCCCAGGAGCAGAAGAAGGAUCUGUGA